AUGGCUUCUUGCACAGACUUGUAUCAAGAUCUCCAGGAGGAGCUCAUCUGCCCCAUCUGCAGGGAGUACUUCACAGACCCUGUGACCAUUGAGUGUGGCCAUAGUUUUUGUCAAAGUUGCCUUCUCAGGAACUGUCAGGAAGCUUUUCCCCUCUUCUACUGUUUAGAGUGCAGGAGUGUCUCCCAGCUGAAGGAUUUCCAAGUCAAUGUGUGUCUCGGGAAACUGGCAGCCAUUGCCAAAAAAUCAAGACCCCAUUCCUUGCAGAACCCUGAAGGGCAUGGCAAGUAUGAGGUACAUGAGGAAGUCCAGAAGCUGUUCUGUAGGGAUGACCACAGCCCGAUCUGUGUGUCCUGCUCUCAGUCCCAGAAGCAUGAAGCUCACAUACUCUCCUGUAUUCAUGAGGCUGCUGAGGACUUCAGGGGGAAACUCGACGAAACUGUGAAUGAUUUGUGGAGGAAAAGUGAGAAAGUUGCACAAAAGAUGGCUAAUGGGAAGGCCAUAUUCAAAAUAGUAUUAAAAAGAAACGAAUCUGUGCUUAGUGAAGAAAUAGAAAAUUUCCACAUCAGGAGGAUUGCUUGUCCCAUCCCUGGAAUUAUAGAAGCAAUUUCCAAUUUCAAAGUGGACAUCACUCUAGAUCCUAGCACAGCCAGUCCAGAUCUCAUCAUAUCUGAAGAUUUGAAAAGUGUGAGCUAUGGAGGAAUAGAAGAGAAGGAGUCCAGCAGCAAUAGGAGAUUUGGAGAGUUGGUCCUUGUUCUUGGUACUCAGUUCUUCAUUUCAAAGAGAUACUAUUGGGAGGUGAACGUGCCAGGCCAUACUUGCUGGUGUGUUGGUGUCUGUAGAGUAUCAUCCCUGAUAAAUGGCUAUUUUGCACUUAUGGCUCUGCCUGAAAACAAUCGCUACUAUCUUUAUGCCAUAUCUGAGAACCAUAUUCAUCAAAAAAUCCGUGUGAGAUACCUCCAGAUCAGUGAAUUAAAAAUGGUUGGGAUUUUCCUCGACUAUGAUCAUCGAGAGAUAUCAUUUUAUCAUGUGAGAGAAAAUUAUCUUAUUUAUACUUUCCCUACUGUGUCAUUCUUAGGACCUCUGAGGCCCUUAUUCUCUCUUUCUAAGAAAGUUUUGAUGAAUGAUGGCUCUCUAACAAUCUGCCCCUAA